GAAGUAACGUCGGUCAUCUUAAUAACAUAAGCAAGAAAUACGUUCUAUUUAUCCGCGAUUCGUUAGAUAUAUAUAGAUAAAGAGAUUUCUUAUAGUUACUUAAACUGUCACUUCAAAUUAGUCUCGGAAAUACUUGCCAGGUUCACAUCAAUCUUUUAUGCGGAUACUAUUGUAAUACGUAUGAGAUUCAGUAUAAGCUCAUCGUAGAUCUUGUCUUAUAGAGACUGACUGCUAAUAUUUGAAUUGAUCUUAAUAUCUGCUACUGAAGGAGUUCUAGUGUUCCACGGUGUAAAACAUUCUCAUAGUUAUCUUUCACAAUCAUGCACCACCAAAUUAACAAAAAAAAUGCUUUUCAGAUUCUAUUUUAGCAAAAAAUAUUACAUGGAGUAAAACAAAAGUAGGCUUUUUUGUUUUUCUCGAUAGAAUAUUUUAUUUACUUAGUGUUUAGGCUCGUGAAAUAGCUUGUAAUGUAUUAGCACCAGCAUUCACAAAGUAUUUAGUUAAAGAACUUCAAAGUGUUGCCUAUUUUUCAAUUUGUUAUGAUGUAUCAAAUAAAAGAAAUGAAAAAAUGUUGCCUAUAGUAGCUCAAUAUUUUUCUGAUUUUGGUGUCAAACAUGGGAUUAUCGAAUUUAUCGAACAACAAGAUGAAUCAGCUGAUGGAUUAUUUGCUAAUAUUAAAUAUGUAUUAGAAUCUCAUGAAUUAGAAUUAGAAAAACUUUGUUCACUAGGAUCUGAUAAUACAAAUGUAAAUGUU